CGGACCAAAACAAGGUUGCGCGCACCUGCGCAGGGGAAGCGCGCUCUGCUGCCUGUGUCCCCUCGGGGCCACCGUCCCCACCUAGUGUUCCGGCUUGUGUUAAAGUGUCCAUUGCGUCAUUGCGUGGGCGGGAGGGCAGGCCUAAGUCAAGCUCGCGGCGUCUAUUGGCUGCCCGGGGCGGAGGGAGGCGUGGCGAGGCCUCAGCGUGACGUCAAGACGCCGCCGUCGGGACGUCAAAGCCCAAGGAAGAAAAGAGCCAGCCGGGUCGCGAGAAGUUCCGUCGUCCGCAGCCGUGCUGCCGUCGUUUAGAGCCACUGCUGGCGAGCCCCGGGGGUGUACGGCCGAGACAGUGAAAAAGCAGUCUGGCUCCCGAAGUCCACCCCUUACACCCCAGGGUCCAGAUGGCGGCCAACGUGGGUGACCAGCGUAGCACAGAUUGGUCCUCUCAGUACAGCAUGGUGGCCGGGGCAGGCAGAGAGAACGGCAUGGAGACCCCCAUGCACGAGAACCCGGAGUGGGAGAAGGCCCGCCAGGCCUUGGCCAGCAUCAGCAAAGCGGGAGCCGCCGGCAGCUCCGCCAAGGCCAGCAGCAACGGGCCUGUGGCCAGUGCACAAUACGUGUCCCAGGCAGAAGCCUCAGCUCUGCAGCAGCAGCAGUACUACCAGUGGUACCAGCAGUACAACUAUGCCUACCCGUACAGCUACUACUAUCCCAUGAGCAUGUACCAGAGCUAUGGCUCCCCCUCCCAGUACGGGAUGGCUGGCUCCUAUGGCUCAGCCACGCCCCAGCAGCCAUCUGCACCCCAGCACCAAGGGACCCUGAACCAGCCCCCGGUCCCGGGCAUGGAUGAAGGCCUGUCCUACCAGGCCCCCCCCCAGCAGCUGCCGACGGCCCAGCCCCCUCAGCCCUCAAACCCGCCGCAUGGGGCCCAUCCUCUGAGCAGCGGGCCCCAGCCGGGCACAGCCCCCGCCACUCAGCACAGCCAGGCAGGGCCCGCGUCGGGCCAGGCCUAUGGGCAGCACACCUACACGGAGCCCGCCAAGCCCAAGAAGGGCCAGCAGCUGUGGAACCGCAUGAAACCAGCCCCUGGGACCGGUGGUCUCAAGUUCAACAUUCAGAAACGGCCUUUUGCUGUCACAAGCCAAACCUUCAGCUCCACCGCGGAGGGCCAGCACGGCGGCUUCGGCCCCCAGCCCAACCCCGAGAAAGCCCAGAACCACAGGGGGCACCUGUCUGGGAAGCCUGACGACUGGCCGCAGGACAUGAAGGAGUAUGUGGAGCGCUGCUUCACGGCCUGCGAGUCGGAGGAGGAUAAGGACCGGACCGAGAAGCUGCUCAAGGAGGUGCUGCAGGCCCGGCUCCAGGACGGCUCGGCCUACACCAUCGACUGGAGCCGGGAGCCCCUGCCAGGGCUGACUCGGGAGCCUGUGGCUGAAAGCCCCAAGAAGAAGCGGUGGGAGGCCCCUAGCAGCCUCCACUCUCCGAGGGGGGCAGGCUCAGCAACCAGGGGCGGGGGUGCCCAGUCCCAGCGAGGGACGCCCGGGGCUGGGGGUGCUGGCCGAGCCCGGGGCAGCAGCUUCGCCAAGUUCGGCAACCGCAAUGUCUUCAUGAAGGACCACAGCUCCUCCUCCAGCACGGACUCGCGUUCCCGCUCCUCCUCCCGGUCCCCGACCCGCCACUUCCGCCGCAGUGACUCCCACUCGGAUUCCGACAGUUCCUACUCAGGGAAUGAGUGUCACCCCGUGGGGCGCAGAAACCCUCCCCCUAAGGGCCGGGGAGGCCGGGGGGCCCACAUGGACCGGGGCCGAGGCAGGGCGCAGCGUGGGAAGAGGCAUGAUCUAGCGCCCACCAAGCGCAGCCGCAAGAAGAUGGCGGCCCUGGAGUGCGAGGACCCUGAGCGCGAGCUGAAGAAGCAGAAGCGGGCGGCGCGCUUCCAGCACGGCCAUUCCCGCCGCCUGCGCCUGGAGCCCCUGGUGCUGCAGAUGGGCAGCCUGGAGAACAGCGGGGCCGACCCCGACUGGCAGGAGCUGCAGAUCGUGGGCACCUGCCCUGACAUCACCAAGCACUACCUGCGUCUCACCUGCGCCCCAGACCCGUCCACUGUGCGCCCCGUGUCCGUUUUGAAGAAGUCGCUGUGCAUGGUCAAGUCCCACUGGAAGGAGAAGCAGGACUACGCCUUUGCCUGUGAGCAGAUGAAGUCCAUCCGGCAGGACCUGACGGUGCAAGGUGUGCGAACUGAGUUCACGGUGGAGGUGUACGAGACACAUGCCCGCAUCGCCUUGGAGAAGGGAGACCACGAAGAGUUCAACCAGUGCCAGACGCAGCUCAAGUCCCUGUACGCCGAGAACUUGCCGGGCAACGUGGGCGAGUUCACUGCCUACCGCAUCCUCUACUACAUCUUCACCAAGAACUCAGGAGACAUCACCACGGAGCUGGCCUACCUGACGCGGGAACUGAAAGCGGACCCUUGUGUGGCCCACGCCUUGGCACUCCGGGCCGCCUGGGCUCUGGGCAACUACCACCGCUUCUUCCGGCUCUACUCCCACGCGCCCUGUAUGUCUGGCUACCUCGUGGACAAGUUUGCAGACCGGGAGCGCAAGGCUGCCCUCAAGGCUAUGAUCAAAACGUAUGUGAAGCCGAGCUUCCCUGCUGUCCCUCUGCUCUGCGGCAGCCGCCGCCCUCGUUCCCCCUCCCUCUCUCCCCUGCUCUGCCCUCAGGGGUCACCAGGCCUCCAGCUCCCCUCCCCGGUCUCGCUCCCCGGGUCACCUUCCCACACUCUGCCGUUCUCGCCAGGCCUCCUGCUCUUCUGCACACCGCCCUCCUCUGUGUCCCUCCCUCCGUCACUCUCUCGCUCAGGGCUCGUGGGUCCCCCUGCUCGCAUCACCUGGACCCCAGUUGUCUCCUUGCUCCGGCCUCCCCUCCCGCUUUCCUCUCCGGUCACUGGGCCCUGCUCUCUGGGGACAACCAGCAGAGCUGGCCCUACCCUCGGCAGCUGUGGUCAGAGGGUCAAGGACCCGGUCCCCUUGAGCUCCUCCGAGAGCAGGCGUGACGUGGGGCAAGCUAGGCCCGGACAGCACUCAGCAGGGUGCCCUCCGUUCACCACAAGGGGUGGGCUCACUGUUAUGGUGGGAGGGAGGCGCCCCGGGGUAAGGUGAUGGCAGCACACAGCGUCCCGCGUCACAGCCCGGGUGCGCCUGGCCUCCCCCAGGGGCCUUGAAUGUUGAAGGGAGAGUGGGGCCCAGGCAGUGGAGGGGAAGGAGUGGGGCACAAACAGGGGGUAGGGUGUAUGGGACCUGCUUUCCAGCCGAGGACCCAGGAGGGGACCCUGGCUGCCCCGAGUGCUGCUCCCGGGGCCAUAGCGGACAGGUUACCAUUUCUCCUUGUUUUUCACGCCCUUGGCCUUGUGUUCUUCUUCCUCCCGCCACUGAAGGUGGUGCCACUUCUCCUGGGCAGAGCCGGUUGGGCCUGGGCCAGCUUCGGAGUUGGGGGUGCAGGGUGGGCUGCAGCCUCUCCUAUGCCCCCCCGGGAGGGACAUCCAGGGUGGCAACAGUGUUUUUAGGCUUGAGGCAAGACUGGUUCAAAUACUUUCUGCCAGUUACUGCCCAGGCGACACUGGCCAAGUGGCUUUGUUCUCGGGUCUGUAAAGGUAGGACCGCACAGCUUAGGGAGGUGGGGAGGGAGUUCAUGCUGCGGCACCUGGAAGAGCUCAUUCCCGGCGCCGGCUGGGCCUCCGACCAGCCAGGUCCCCCAGGGUAGCCGUCAGCCCUGCCGCCCCGUGCCUGUCCCCUGCCCCUCGGUCACAGUGGGCCUUCUUCUGAGGGUCUGCCCAGGCCCCAGCCAGCAGAAGAGCUGGCGGGGCCCUUCCCUCCUAGUCCCUCCUCCCGGUCCCCCCACCCCUGCACAGGUAAGUGAGGGCGAGGGGGGGCGCAGCCGGGGCUGGGGCUCCCAACCCCACCCCGGGCCCCCCCGAGCCCGAGGUGGGGAGGCUGUGGGCUGGUGGUGGGGUCAGCAGGUAACGUGCUGAGGAAACCUUUUGGGUACCUGAAUGGGGGGGCACCCACUCCCUGCUCGUGGGGCGCUCCCCAGUCCGCCGCCCGCCUCAUCGCAUUCUCCUCUUGUCUCCGUAGCUUCCGCCCUGCGCUGCCAGUCUCCUACCUGCAGGCCGAGCUGGCCUUCGAGGGCGAGGCCGCCUGCCGGGCCUUCCUAGAGCCCCUAGGCCUGGCCUACACGGGCCCGGACAACUCCAGCAUCGACUGCCGCCUCAGCCUGGCGCAGCUGUCAGCCUUCUGAGCACCAGCGCCGACGGGGGCGGGGGGCAGGGCUGCAGCCCCCCAGCACCGCCUUGGCACAUUUUGUUUUUGAGCCAUGGACUUGGGUUGUAAAUUAAUUUGUGGGGAUUGGGCUCCAGGACGAGCCACCACCCCUGCCCCCGUUUUCCCACCGGGGAGUCUGUACAGAGAUGUUUUCUACAUUUUUAUUUUUUGCCUCAGAGGGAUGGGAUGGGAUGGGAUGGGAUUUGGGGGGGCAGCGGAGGGCUGGGGGCAGGGUCUGUGGGCUGCUCUGUGUCCGCCUUGCACCUCCACUAAUGCUGUCUCAGUGUUUUUUCUCUCUCUCUCUCGAGCUUGUACUCCGGUACCGACCCGGCACCCUGGCCCAUCCCAUGCCGGGGGGGCCAGUGGAAGAGGACAGGCCGCUCCGCCCGUGCCCGCCUGCGGCGGGGGCACCAGCACACCAGCCCGCCGCCCGCCGCCCCAUCUGCCUCACCACAGACUCUUGUUGCCCAGCCCUCCGGGGCCUCAGUGUUUGGGGCGAGGGGAGCCGCGUAGAGACUGUGCCCUGCCCUCGGCCCCCGACCCCAGAAAUGCCAACACCUCUCCACCACCAGAUCCACGCCACCAUGCUGCACUGAGGACUCCGGAGGCCAUCGCGGGACCUGACGGCCGGGCCGCCUCGUCUGCAGUUGUAUUGAGUUGUCUCCGUGUCCCCUUCUCCCUCUACCCCCAAUGUUUCUCUGGUUUUUUUUUCCCUCCCUCCCCCUCCUCCCCUGCUCCUCCCUUGGUUCAGCACAGGUAAAACGGUUACCCUCCCGCCCUGCCUCAUGGAUCACCAGCUCACGUCAUGUUUCCUCCUCUUUUCUUUUUGUGUGUGUUUAUUUAAGUUAUUUUUUUUCUUCCUCCCCUUUUCUUUUCCGUCCUCCCUCCCUCUUCUGCCAUGUAACUGGAGGAUGUGCAAUGAGUUUGCGAACAGCUGGACUGUCAGGCUGCUUUUUUUCCAGAUGUUCCUCCUCUGCCUCCCCUCCCCUCCUCUCCCCUCCCCUUUCCUUCCUUCACUCUUUCCUUGGAGCACUGAGCGCCAUUUGGAAGCUUGAGACCCAAAAUUAAAGAGAGAGAGCGAG